CACCUUAAGCCUAACCACUCUUACCUCCCACUCUUUAUAUAACUUCCCUCUCAACGCCAUCUCAGCCAUCACCAGCCCAACUCCUCUCUCUCUCUCUCUCUCUCUCUCUCUCUCAUAUUCUUCACCAAACAAGAAUGGCGGAGGAGGUUCAAAAGGCAGCAGGCCAAGAACAGGUGGCGCGAGUAGAAGAAGAAGUGGUGGUGGUAGCCGAUGCUCCUCAAGCUGAGAAAAUGACACCAGCGCCAGCACCAGCACCGCCCUCAAUGCCGGUGGUUGUUGAGAAAGAGGCACCACCAGUGCCGGAGACUGAGGAGGAACCAUUAAAGCCUAAACAAGUUGAGGAGGCUGUAGAAACUAAUGUGUCCAAAGCCAGUGGUGAUAAUGAUGAGAAAAUUCCGGAGUCAGUUUCUUUUAAAGAAGAGAGUAAUAAAAUUGCUGAUCUUUUGGAGUCUGAAAAGAAAGCUCUUGAAGAGUUCAGGCAAUUAGUUCAUGAAGCUCUUAAUAAACACGAAUUUAGUGCUGAAAAACAACCAUCACCACUCCCAGCAGCAGCAUCGACCAAAGAAGAAAAGGAAAAUAAAGCUAUGCCGGCGGUAGAGGAGGAAAAACCAGCCCAAGAGGAAACUGCGGGACAAGAAGAACAAGUGAAGCCAGAACCUCAAGUUGUUGUAGCAGAAAAAACGAAAGAUGAAGUAGUAAAUGAAGAAAAGAUUGAAAUGGUGGACAGUGACGUUGCAGAAGAAGAAAAGGUUGACGAUGACGGUGCAAAGACUGUGGAAGCCAUAGAAGAGACUAUAGUGGCAGUGUCUUCUUCUACGGCUCCACAGGAGCAGACUUUGCCUGCAGAGAAAGAGCCAGAAGCAAAGUCUGCUACAUCCGUGGACGAGGAAGCCAAUAAAAACGUUAUAUCUGCUGUACCACCAGAAGAGAUUUCCAUCUGGGGCAUUCCGCUUCUGGCAGAUGAAAGAAGCGAUGUGAUUCUUUUGAAAUUUUUGCGGGCGAGAGAUUUCAAGGUGAAAGAUGCAUUUACAAUGCUUAAGAACACAAUUAGAUGGAGAAAGGAGUUCGGCAUUGAGGAAUUACUUGAACAAGACUUGGGUAAUGAAUUAGAGAAAGUGGUCUUCAUGCAUGGUCUUGACAAGGAAGGACACCCAGUUUGUUACAAUGUGUAUGGAGAGUUUCAAGACAAGGAGCUUUACCAAAAGACUUUUGUUGAUGAGGAAAAAAGAAACAGAUUCUUGAGGUGGAGAAUUCAAUUUCUGGAAAGGAGUAUUAGGAAAUUGGAUUUCAACCCUGGCGGGAUUUCCACAAUUGUUCAAGUUAAUGACUUGAAGAAUUCUCCUGGACCUACUAAGAGAGAGCUUAGACAAGCUACCAAUCAGGCACUUCAAUUGCUCCAAGACAACUAUCCUGAAUUUGUAGCAAAACAGGUGUUCAUAAAUGUGCCUUGGUGGUAUCUAGCAGUCAAUAGAAUGAUUAGUCCAUUUUUGACCCAGAGGACAAGAAGCAAAUUUGUCUUUGCCGGUCCUUCUAAAUCUGCAGAAACCCUUUUCAGGUACAUUGCUGCAGAGCAAAUACCAGUUAAAUACGGAGGAUUAAGUAAAGAUGGGGAGUUUGGCACAGCUGAUGCGGUUACCGAGAUCAUUUUGAAGCCAGCAGGCAAACAUACAGUUGAAUUCCCAGUUUCUGAGACAUGUCUUCUAACGUGGGAAGUUCGAGUAGUAGGGUGGGAUGUGAGUUAUGAGGCAGAAUUUGUACCAAGUGGUGAAGAAAGCUACACAGUUAUAAUUCAAAAAGCAAGAAAGGUUGCUGCAAAUGAAGAACCAGUAGUAUGCAACAGCUUUAAAAUCGGCGAACCGGGUAAAGUUGUGCUCACCAUUGACAAUCCAACUUCUAAGAAGAAGAAGCUGCUCUAUCGUUUGAAGACAAAGCUAUCUUCUGAUUAGAUGAGCGUAAUUUUUUGAGGUGAAUAUAAAGAAGAAAAUCAAAUUUGGUUAAUGGUUGCUGGAAGGCUACAGAAAGAGCAAGUGGUGUUGAUGUUGAGGAUAUUUGUUAUUAUAUAUUUAUUUGUAUAACUUUGAGGUUAAUAUUUAAGGAUGUCGUUUUGUCAUAAUGAAUUUGGUGUUUGGCUUUUUUGUGGGGUUGAAUGUCGUUCAUUUAGGGGGCAACAGAAUGUGUGGGUGGGUAGGGGAAGGUAAGGUGAUUCUUUGCAACUCCCAUAAGAACUUUGUGGCUUCCUUUCUCUUUUCCUGUAAUUAGGUAUUUAUUUUGGAUAUAUAAUAUGUUUUUUAGUAAA